UUUUUAGCAAUUAGAUUCGAUGCUCAAACCGCGACUGAUCGUCCAAGCGUUAUGUCAGAGUGUUUCGACAGCAUCUACGUCCAUUUCAAAAAGGCCUUUGCUUCCAAAAAAGCAAAAGUCACUGGGAGAGGCUGGUACAUUCGUUGACUAUCGUCGCGUCAAAUGUAUUGCUGGUAGUGGAGGCGAUGGCAUGGUGUCUUUCUUCAGGGGUUACCGUAAUCCAUUUGGCGGACCUGAUGGCGGUGAUGGAGGGAACGGUGGCCACGUCUUGUUCAAAGCUUCUACGAGAUUCAAAGAUUUAUCGCAUUUACGAUCAGUAGAACGAGCAGAACGUGGUAAAUUUGGAGGAUCAAAAUCAUGCCAUGGAAAAUCUGCGCCACACUUAGAAAUACCCGUACCUGUCGGGACGCUCUUCAAAAACGAAGGAAGAGUUGUGUAUGAGCUAGCGAAAGAAGGUGAGGUCUUCCUUGGGGCUCGAGGAGGCGCUGGUGGGCAUGGUAAUCAAUUCUAUGUUUCAAAUGAGAUUAGAAAGCCGUUCAAAGCGGAAGUUGGCGGUCGCGGCGAAGAAAUAGUUUACGAUGUCGAGAUGCGGGUAAUGGCCACAGCGGGGUUGAUAGGAUUCCCCAAUGCUGCAAUCUCACGGGCAAAUCCAAAGGUAGCUUCUUAUCCAUUUACUACGCUGAAACCUCAUGUUGGAAUGGUUCUGUACGAAGACUAUGAACAAAUAGCAGUGGCUGAUAUCCCCGGACUUAUUGAAGGAGCGCAUGAGGAUCGAGGACUUGGCGUCUCCUUUUUGAAGCAUAUCGAAAGAUGCAGGUGCCUGUUCUUUGUGCUUGACGUGACGCUCGGUGAUUUUCGAGAACAAUUUGAUUUACUGAGAGUAGAAUUAGAAGAGUACAAAGAGGGACUGUCGUCUCGACCAACAGCCAUAGUAUUCAAUAAGAUUGAUCUUGAUCCUUCGCAGGAUAACAACAAAAACCGGAUUCUUUUCCAAGAAUACCCAACAUUUUUCGUGUCAGCAAAAGCUGGUACAGGCCUUGAGGAACUGCUCAUCUACUUGAGAGAAGAGUACGAUAAAGCUUUAGAUAUUGGCAAAUAAAUUCUCGUAAACAAUAACAAAA